AUGGAAGACUAUUUCGAAGGGUUUUCGGAAGAAAUUACGAGAUGGGAAAUCAUUAAGGAAAUGAUUGACCUAGAUCUAGAUGAUGAAUUUAACACUGAGCACAAAUUGGUUCAGGGUGUUCAGCUCCUUCCAAGACAAGAUGUUAUUCUUUAUGGGACUAUUCCAAAAAUUGAAAAAAGAAUCUAUACUAAAUGUAAAGAAUGUAGACUAGUUUUUAACCCUAGAGAUAUUUCAUCACACAAAACAUGCCCUGGAAAAUCCCAUUCCUCCUCACAUGGCUUGGAAAAGAAAAUCAAAAGCAAGGGAGGUAGUAGCAAAAAGUCCCAUUCUAGUCUACCUCCACCUCCACUUUUCAAGAAACCACCAUGCCCGUCAACCACCCCUCCGACCCCUCCCGUCACCAUCCCGGAACCGGCCAACCCCAAACUGCCAAUACCCAAACCCCCGAAAGCAAUCCCCUCCACACCACCCCCUACCCCUAUCGCAACCCCUAUCGCCCCAACUCCCACCCCUCCUCCCAAGGCGGAGCCGAGGGUGCUGUCGCCAUCGAAAUCGACCCCGAAAUCGACUGCCGGCCCCACGGAGGGGAGUUCUUCUAGCAGCAGCUCGGGCAGCUCCAGCAGACACAAAAAGUCCCGGAAGAGCAACAGCAGCGCCAAGAUCACGAAGGAGUUCGAUCCGGACACGCACUGCGGCGUGGUGGAAGGCAGCAGGGGGCCGUGCACCAGGUCGAUCACGUGCUCCAAUCACAGGAUUCAACUACGGAAAUUAGUUCCUGGCCGCAGCAAAGAUAUACACCAACUCAUAGCAGAGAGAAAGACUGCCAAAGAAAAGGAGCUGAAACACGGCUCCAACUGUUCAUAUAUGUCCCCAAAUGGACAAGGCGACGAGAAAGACUCUUUUUCUCAAACUACUACCUACGCAACCGAUGUCGCUGCCAGCGCAAGUGAACCAUCAGAAAAUGCGAUCCUGCCUAAAAACGACGACUCAUCGACUCUCACGAAACAAACUACUACCUCACUGCUUACCGCUAAGCAACCUAUUACGACUGAUCCAGAAAAUAUUUCUUCAAAGACUAUGGAUAAUAGUUACAUAAUGAAUAUACAUUCUCAGGAAAGCGCUAUCGGGACAGUCCCUGUGGUAUACAUACCAAUGAGUCCGAUUUCCGUUGUGAGUCCUGUACAAUUCGUACAAAUCGGAAAGAACGUGAUCUGCCUGGAAUCUCCGCAAUCCGCCAUGAGUCCGCCGGUGACCUCGAACCAAUCAGUAUACUUAACCAUUCCUAGCCAGAACUCCUCGAACGUGAAGAUGUACAAGUCGCAUCCGAAACCUGCGGCCGUUCCGAACUACGGCGGCAAAAAAGUAGGCGGGGCGAUUCUCUUGUUGAACCAACGCGUCGAAAACCAGAGAAACAAAGUCUUGAUGGCGAUCAAUGCCAAACGCAAAACCGUCAACAACUCUCAUAGCUACAGGGCGAUCUCUUUGCUGAACCACAAUAACAACAACAACAACGUGCACAGACCGAACAUUCUCAAGGUCAAGGGGGUCAACAAGGUGAACUGCAAGAGAUCGGCCAAUGAUAAGCUGAUACAUAGUGAUAACAAACAGAUGAGGCUGACUCCGAAUGUGAACGGGUUCAUUUUGCAUUCCGACAUUAGUGAAACGGCUGACGCUCCGCACUCUAAUAAUUGUCUACAAGAGAAGAUCGCUCUCCUCAACAUGAAAUAG